AAAUAUAUUAUAUGUACAGACACCAACCACGUUUGCAUCGAUCAGCAUGUAAUCCAAAUUGCUAGCUUGUCCAAUUUCUUAAGGCAGUUCUUAUUUGACACUAUAUACAACUGGCUUAUCACCUAUCCCUACUCAAAGUAAAAACAUACCCAUGGAAUCAAAGCCUUUCUUUCGUUUCCUCUUUUUCUUCAUCGCCAUAGCUUUCCUUUUUCUCUUCGCCUGGACUCACCUCCAUUACGCGCCAUCCCCUGGCGUCACCACCCUCCUCGACUGUGCCAGCAACUCUCCCUGGUGCACCUCCUCCAAGAACCGGUUUCAGUCCAAACAACCCACACUCCCAAAAACCCCACGUGCCUCCACCUCCCAGCGUCGUCACCAUGAGUCAGCUGUCCCUCGCCACCCACUCGACCCCCUCACCAUCCAAGAGUUCAACAAGGUCCGCAAAAUCCUUUCUUCCCACGCGCUCUUCAAGUCCUCCAAUAACUACGCGCUCCAUUCCGUCGUCCUAGAAGAACCCAACAAAGAACUUGUCCUUAAAUGGAAAAAAGGCCAACCACUCUUCCCACGAAUAGCCUCCGUCAUCGCACGUGCCAACGGCGUCUCGCACGUGCUGACUGUCAACUUAGAAACCGACAAUGUCACCGUUCUAAACACGGCUCCUCCGACAGGUUACCCGACGAUGACGAUAGAAGACAUGACCUCGGCUACGUGGGCUCCACUUUCGAACGCCAAGUUCAACCGUACGAUCAUCGAACGAGGCGUUAAUCUUAAAGACGUGGCAUGCCUGCCGAUAUCCUUAGGUUGGUUCGGGAAAAAGGAGGAGAACAGGAGGUUAAUUAAGGUACAGUGCUACUCCAUGGAAGACACUGCAAACUUUUACAUGAGACCAAUCGAGGGCUUAACUGUUUUACUCGAUAUGGAUACAAAAGAAGUGGUGGAGGUAUCGGAUACGGGUCGGUCCAUCCCCAUACCCAAAGCCACCAACACCGAUUAUCGUUUUUCGGAGCAGAAGCUCCAGCAGGAUCUCAACUCUAUAAACCCCAUAUCCAUUGAACAGCCAAAGGGUCCAAGUUUUGUUAUCGAAGAUGAACAUUUGGUGAAAUGGGCAAACUGGGAAUUCCAUUUGAAACCCGAUCCGAGAGCAGCUGUGGUGGUUUCUCGUGCUAAGGUCCGGGACCUUGAGAGUGGGGUGUUGAGGGAUGUGAUGUACAAAGGCUUUACUUCAGAAUUGUUUGUUCCAUACAUGGACCCCACUGAUGCAUGGUAUUUUAAGACUUACAUGGAUGCGGGUGAAUACGGGUUCGGGCUGCAAGCUAUGCCACUUGACCCGCUUAAUGAUUGUCCAAGAAAUGCAUAUUAUAUGGAUGGGGUGUUCGCCGCCGGUGAUGGUGUACCCUAUGUCCGAUCAAACAUGGUCUGCAUGUUUGAGAGGUACACAGGUGAUAUAGGGUGGCGGCAUGCAGAGAGUCCAAUUACGGGUAUGGAGAUUAAGGAAGUAAGGCCAAAGGUGACAUUAGUGGUUCGAAUGGCUGCAUCGGUGGCUAACUAUGAUUAUAUUGUUGACUGGGAGUUCCAAACAGAUGGACUUAUCAGGAUUAAGGUUGGACUUAGCGGCAUUUUGAUGGUGAAAGGGACUGCAUAUGAGAACAUGAAUCAAGUGGAAGGGCAAGAAAAUCUGUUCGGUACCCUUCUGUCUGAAAACGUCAUUGGCGUCAUCCAUGAUCAUUACAUCACAUUCUACUUGGAUAUGGACAUAGACGGCUCUGAUAAUUCCUUUGUUAACGUAAAUAUCAAAAGGCAAGAAACUUCUCCAGGAGAGUCACCAAGGAAAAGCUAUCUAAAAGCUGUUAGAAAUGUGGCUAAAACAGAGAAAGAUGCUCAAAUUCAACUUAAACUCUAUGACCCAUCGGAGUUCCAUGUUAUCAAUCCAACUAAAAAGACAAGGGUUGGGAACCCUGUCGGGUACAAGGUUGUUCCUGGUGGCACAGCAGCUAGUUUGCUGGAUCAUGAUGACCCACCACAGAAAAGAGGUGCAUUCACAAAUAACCAAAUAUGGGUCACUCCAUAUAACAGAAGUGAGCAAUGGGCUGGUGGAUUAUUUGUUUACCAGAGCCACGGUGAAGACACACUUGAUGUUUGGUCUGAAAGGGAUCGACCAAUCGAGAACAAGGACAUUGUGGUUUGGUAUACAUUAGGGUUCCAUCACAUACCAUGCCAGGAGGAUUUUCCUAUAAUGCCAACAGUGUCAUCAAGCUUUGAUUUGAAGCCAGUUAAUUUCUUCGAGAGCAACCCGAUUCUUAGAGCUCCACCCUAUUUUGAAAAGGAUUUACCAGUUUGCAGGCCUGCUGCUUCAGCAUGAAAAUAGUCCUAUGUUUAUCUUGGGUAAUGGGCAGUUAGAAUUUAUAGUUGUAGCCGCCAACAACCUCUUGACCUAUGACAAGACUAUUAUGUUAUGGGUAUGAAAGUUUGGGUUUGAUCCCAAGCAACUCAUUCCUCACCCCCAAUAAAUUAAGUGGAUGUAGCCGUGUAGGAAUAUUAAAGAAGAAACCCUGGUUUAUAUAUGUUCAGAGGUCUAAAUGAAAAGAGAUCCUUGUUUUGAUUA